GGGGCGUCCACUCGCCACUCGGACGGUGAGCGAUCGGCAGUCGAGCGAUAUGGCGGCCACCGCACUGUCAGUCCGCACGCUGCUCGCCGUGGCCGCAGCGGUCGUCACCGCGCAGCCGACCGGCGCCUGGGUAUGGCGGAGCUUCGCCGACAGCGGCCGCUACGAUCGCAAGUUUCUGUUCCACGGGUUCCCGCCCAUACUGUGCGGCGGCGAGGACGCCUUCUGGACGUCGCCGUGGAGUGGGCCGGCAGAGGUCAGAGUGCGGCUGCCCAGCGUCCACGAGGAGUACUGCAAGGUGUCGCUGCCGCGUGGCCGCCUGCAGAGGACGCCCGUGGGCCGCCUGCUGCGAGAGCUGUCGCUGCGACACGGUCUGCCGUCGCCCGUCAAGUAUGACGGCGAGGAUGGAGGCCUCGUCUACCGCAUGGACUGGCCCGACUUUGACUGCGUCGAGCGGACCAACAUCUCAGAGACCGUCUUCGACUUCGUCAUCGUCGAAGAGGCCGGAGGAACUCGUUCCCGCUGCAACUUCGUCCUCCCGCUGUUCCGACCGCUACCUCUGCUCGAGGAAUCGGCUGAGGGUGAUGGAGAAGAGGAGGAGGGUGAGAGGGAGGAGGACUCUGGCGAGGCGCCGGCGUCGCCCCCGCCGCCCCCCUCGCCCGGCCGCCCGCCGCACACGGGGGCGCUGGUGGUGGGGCUGCGCGGCCUGCCGGACGCGGUGUGCCGGCCCCUGGAGGAGCCGGCCCCCCAGCAGGGCGACGCCGACUUCUUCGAGCCCGCGUUCCGCGCCCACCGCCUCGCAGACGUGCCGCUCGUCUGCCAGUUCCGCCUCGACUGGGACGCCUGGCUGCGCGGCGUCUCCACGCACGCCCUUCUCGACGCACUCGCCCGCCACGUCGACGUCACUGUCAGCGACUACGACCCGUCCGGCUGGAGCCCUCCCGAUGUGUCGUUUCCUUACGUGGGCUGCGACUCCAGAGAAGAGCUGCCCUCGGAACGGUACGAGUUCUCAGUGACGGGCCCCAGCGGGCGCACAGCCACCUGCUGGUUCGUGCCCAACCAGGAGACCCGCGGAUCCUGCUACAGGGAGCAGCUGGACGCCGCCUGCCCGCCGGGAUUCCGCUUCCUCAGCGACGGCCGCUGCUGCGACGAACCGACCUAGAACGCGUUCGAUACGCCCCCCUCUGUACCUGGACACUGUGCUCUGCCCUCAUACUCGUCUGAAAUACGUCACGAACACAGGUCUAUUUAUUCCAUGGGGCUUCGCGCUUGCAGCCUGGUGACGUCGACAUCUUGCCACGAUAUUUCGGUUGACAACCAUUCAGCCAUCUUCAAGUGAAUUUUACAGUGGAGACUGAUGGUGCAUGUCGCUGACUCUAUGACGAAAAUCGACGCAAUGCCGCACGCACGAACUGCUGGCAUGUAGAGUUAAGGUUCAGUUAUCAAAAUCCUAAAACUAACUGUCGCUCGACGCGUCAUUAAGAGUGAACCUUUGUCUUUCUGAAAAUAUCCGAAGCCUUAGCAAGUUGAAAUUCGCCAGCAAUAUUAUUAAGAUCUUCCACCAACCGUAUUUCCAUACCGACUCCUUAAAAAUUUAAACCCAGAAGUAUCUCGUCGUGGCCAAAACUUUUGUAACAGAAUAAUUUAUAGAACGUGCUAUAAAUCUUGGCCACGAGAUCGUUCAGAGAUUCAGUUAUCAAAGAAUCUGUAGAAAUACGUUUGGUGGAAGACCUUAUCAAUCGUGAUGGCUGCUUUAACCUCCGAUCAGAAAGACAAAAUUUCACGCCUAAUGACACGUCAAGCGAGAGUUAAUUUUAUUAUUUUGGCAACUGAAUUUCAACUCUGGAGACCAGAAAUUCGACAGAGGGAGUGACAUUGAUCGCCAUUCCGCAGGCGUUUCCGCUCUCCAUAUGGAGCAAUAUUCGAGAGAGGGCGCUAAAUUCGACAAAAGGCUGUUCAGCAGAGAAAACCUACGCUCGAGUACCACUCUUUAGCAUAAAUUCAGCGACGCGCACCAGCAGUCUCCAGUGCAAAAUUCACCUGAAGAUGGCAGAAUGCUUGUGAGCCGAAAUAUAGUGGCAAGUUGUCGAAGUCAUCCGGCUGCAAGCCCGAAAUCGUAAGGAAUGUGCAUCACGCCUGGAAAACCUCAACAAUCACAAAGCUGUAUGUGUUUUCACAUUGUAUCGGUUUUGAACUUUUUUGGAGAGUGACUGCUGUUGCUAUGAUACUGUGACUGACAGCUAUAUAGGCGGUGAAAGAAGCGUCACCAAAGCGCCCACAUUGCACAAAAUCUGUAAUGUACCCUAUGUCGCUAAAAGGCAACAUUCGUGACAUCAAUCGUUAAAUCCGUCUGACACGUUGUAUGAUUCGCCCAAGUUUGCUAGGUGAUGAACGCAACACCACGUAAACCUCCCAAAUGGGUAAAGUAGACUCAAACUGUAGCUCAGUAAAAUGAUUUGUAAUAUAUAGCACUUCAAGUUUGAGGACUUAUCGUUUAACUAAUAACAGAAGCACCACGAUACAACAAGACUUGUCAUGGUUUUAUCAGUGCUUUUUCGUCACACUAUUCGACAUCAAGUUCCACUUAACAGCUGCUUAAGAGCAAAGUAACUAUUCUAGGAAUAUUCACGGGAAGCGCGUUGGGUAGAGUGAUUCUAACAUGAAAAACGAAAGCUUACCAGGCCAAGACAACCAUCCGUGGAAGUUCCCACAAGAGAACUCGAACAGAAGACACGCUGAGUUAUUGACACAGCAGAUUACUUCCAACGUUGUUGAUACAAAUGAAUACGCUUCCCUGUACUAUUCUACGACCAUGGAGGUAAAGCUACAUACCGUACGUGCGCUUGACUGGUGGCUAGCAAGGAGUGGGGACAGCUAACUCUCUUGCCGAAGCUGUUACGCGGCGUUAAUUUGCAAGAUCUGGAGCAAGUUCUACCGUGGCAAAAGUGCAGGUGUUUGUUAGAACAUCUGGUUGUUUUCUCAGCUAUAAGAACGAUUCUUCUCCACAUACAUCAAUUAAAGGACUAAUUCUUUCUUUGCUCCACAGUGAAGGCACCUGCGGUAACUAAAAGGCACUUUCAGGUUAUGUUCCCGUCUUGCACCUUCCUAGCGUGGUCACUCUUGCGGUGAGGCAAUGCCUUCCAGGCUGUGUCGUCAGGCGCCGACAGGACUCCUGUUUGGUCAUUGCGAGUAGCAUUAUGAGAACCCUGCAAGAGAAAUAGCACCGGAGCAAUCACAGGCGAAACUUCCUGCAAGGAAGCAACGUAGCGUUCGAUUGGCCCUGCUUAGGAGUUGUCACGCAAGCCAGCGAGUAACCCUCCAGAGAAUCUGACUCCGUGCGAGAUGGGCUUCAUUCACCUCCGCCCGAUUUGUUGAACUGUCAGUUACCUAACAAUCCUAAUUCUCCUGUAGUAAGGUAUAUGGUGUUGGCAUCACUAGGCUAAGUGUGAACUAUUCCUGCUGUGCUUCCUCUGAGGAGGGCAAGGAAAGCAUUGUAGACAUACAUAAAAUUGGUGCUUAUCUGUUGAAAUGCAACAAAAUACUUAAUUAUCCUCUCAUAUAAUCAAGUACAUCGUGUCGGUAAAAUUCUGUGUCGUCAUAGUUCAUCAUUUUAAGUUGUACACAAAUUAAUAAUUUCAAACUAACUAAUGUAUUGUGAUGUUAAGUAAUAACAGGGUGAUUUUAUACAUAAA